GUUGUGAACGAAUGCACACCGUUGAAUCACACAAGGUCCUACUAAGCGUAGAAUGGCCAGAGUUUCUGCUCCUUUAAGAACAAAGCACUGAUCGAUGGUUGCCAGGAGAGGUAAUAGGGUAAAGAAACUCCUUCCUGUCAUAACUUCCUUUUGCAGGCAGUCAUUAUAUUGCUAUAGUCAAGGGUCAUUUUGGAGCGUCUAUGUCCUAAAAUAAUCCUUCCCUCUGAAAUUAACCCUUGUAGUUUAAGCUCUUCUUUGAAGAUCUCCCCACCCGCUUGUGAGGUUUUUUUCACCCUCGAAUCCACCGGAGCGGUCGACCGCCCGUUCCUUCGUCUUCUGUUGCUACCCGAUCAGUCCAGAUGAGUUGAGAAGCGACACUACUUCCACAGAAGCUACUGAGCGUGCUCAAACUCCCGGAGCAUGCUCAGUGACAGCCAAACCAACUUCUGACGGGCGACGAGUUUCACACGUUCAGCAAAAGGAAACGCUCCUGGCCCCGCAGUAAACGGCUUCCUGCUGCAGGGGCGGCCGCGGCUGUGUGGAAACGUGUGUGCUGUGUGGGCUCCUAGAUGGAGCGAAGGGCCAAAGGGAAUCCCGAACUCUGCUCUCAAAGUGGCAGCUGUCCUAGGGGUCCAGUGCUACACAUCGUGGUGGUCGGUUUCCAUCACAAGAAGGGCUGCCAGAUUGAGUUCUCCUAUCCUUCUCUAAUUCUUGGAGAAAGUUAUGAUAGUAAUACUUUGCCAGAGGAAUGGAAAUACCUGCCUUUUCUUGCAUUGCCAGAUGGUGCUCACAACUAUCAAGAAGACACAGUGUUUUUCCAUUUGCCACCAAGAAGUGGAGAUCGAAGCACAAUAUAUGGGGUCUCUUGUUAUAGGCAAAUUGAAGCUAAGGCAUUGAAAGUUCGGCAAGCAGACAUUACUCGAGAAACAGUACAGAAAAGUGUAUGUGUUCUAAGUCAGCUGCCUCUAUAUGGGCUACUUCAAGCUAAGUUGCAGCUAAUUACACAUGCCUACUUUGAAGAGAAAGACUUCUCACAAAUUUCAAUUCUUAAGGAACUUUAUGAACACAUGAAUAGCUCACUGGGAGGGAGCUCACUGGAAGGAUCACAAGUUUAUCUUGGCUUGUCCCCACGAGAUCUUGUUCUUCAAUUUAGACACAAGGUUUUAAUUCUUUUUAAGUUGAUUCUUCUAGAAAAGAAGGUUCUGUUUUAUAUCUCUCCAGUUAAUCGGCUAGUGGGAGCAUUAAUGACUGUCUUAUCACUAUUUCCUGGUAUGAUAGAACAUGGUCUGACUGAUUGCUCACAGUACCGACCAAGAAAAAACACAGCAGAGGAAGUUGGACAAGAAGUUUCGCCUCCUUCCACUUACUGUGUUUCUUUGUCUGCUCUGGCAUUUUCAAAUGCUAAUUUUGAUACAGUUGGAGAAGGCAAAAAAUUGUCAAGAAACCAAGAAAGAGAUACUCAGAGAGCAGAUGUACCUUUAUUUCAAAUUGAGCAUCAAUCCAGUGAAUUUCAUGUCUGCCAGGAUCAUGAACAAUACUUGAAAAAUUCUUUACACACUUCUCCAGAAUCUUCUGAAAGUGAAUGGGAAACCUUAGAUCCUAAUCUCCUACAGGACCCUAACUUGAAAGAAGGAGAAUGUGAAAUUACUUCAGUAGCAGGACAGACCAAAUUUCUUCUGAAGGAGUCAGUGAUUUCCAAAAGUGUUCCAAUUACUGUUCAGCCUCAACCUAAUACAGGACAUACAGUCUUUGUACCUGGACUUAUUUCUGGUUUGGAAGAAGAUCAGUAUGGUAUGCCAUUAGCUGUCUUCACUAAGGGAUACCUUUGCUUGCCAUACAUGGCGCUGCAACAGCACCACCUUCUCUCUGAUGUAACAAUCCGCGGUUUUGUUGCAGGAGCCACCAAUAUCCUCUUCCAUCAGCAGAAACAUCUAAGUGAUGCUAUUGUAGAGAUUGAGGAAGCUCUUGUCGAAGUCCAUGAUCCAGACCUUAGAAAAAUCUUAAAUCCUACAACAGCUGACUUGAGAUUUGCAGAUUUCUUAGUGAAGCAUGUAACUGAAAACAGGGAUGAUGUCUUCCUGGAUGGCACUGGCUGGGAAGGAGGGGAUGAAUGGAUUCGAGCCCAGUUUGGGUCAUAUCUCCAUGCCCUACUUGCUGCUACAGUACAGUCAGAUAGUGAGAAAAUAUUGUCUGACUUUGGAACAGCCUUUGUAGCAGCUUGGAAGAAUACUCAUAAUUAUAGAGUGUGGAACAGUAAUAAACACCCAGCCCUCACAGAAGUAAAUCCUAGUCAUCCAUUCCAAGGACAAUAUUCUGUUUCUGAUGUAAAAUUAAGAUUAUCACAUUCUGUUCAGAACAGUGAACGUGGUAAGAAGAUUGGAAAUGCCAUGGUUACCAGUAGUCGAAAUGUUGUGCAGACAGGAAGAGCUGUUGGUCAGUCAGUUGGAGGAGCUCUCACCAGUGCAAAAUCAGCAAUGUCUUCAUGGCUUUCUACUUUCACCCAGUCCUCUCAAAGCCUUGGGGAAUAAUUUUUCUGGGCCAAGUUCUUACAUUUCUUUUAAGAAACCAAAAGGCUUCGCUAUAAAAGCAUAGGCACUUGAAUUCAAGCUGCAUGAAGAUGAGCUGCAUCACAGGAUAUAAUUUGGCAACUGCUUUUAUACUUCUUUGCUUUAUAUUUGAACCUUGUUCCAGAUUUAUUUUUGUAUUUUGGAGGAUGGUGAUCUAUGUCAAUUUAGCUGUAUUUUAAGUUAAAUUGUUUAGCAUUGUUUUUAAGAGUUGAAUUAUAUUUCAGUAUGGAACAUGAUAGUAUAUAUGGAGGUAAUAUUUCAACAUUUAAUACAUAAAAAUAUAUUAACAUUUGUAUUUGUAAUAUCUGUUCGCUUCUGCAAGUCCAAUGUGCAGAAUUGUUUGUUUCAAUAGAAUAUAUUUCCACAAAUGUGUUACAAGUGGAAGUAAUUGUAGGUGGGCUAACAUGAAAUUAAUGAGAUUUAAAUUAGCAGACUUUAAAUAGUCUUUAAAAAGGCUAAGAUAGUUUUUUAAAAUUUUACACCAUCUCAUCAUUUAGGUGACAACUAUUGCAUAUUAGUAAACUUUUCAUUCCAAAUAAUUCUAAUAUUGUUUUUUAUGUUACUGGGAAUGUAAUGCAAUUUCAUGUUAUAUUUAAGUGUCUUGAUCUAAAUACUAACAAAUUACCUACCUCUCCUCAAUUAGGCUUUUUUUUUUCCAUAGCUGCUAUAAUCUAGUCAGCAUGUGUUAACUAGUAAUUUUUGCCCCAUCUAUAUAUACAUACAUACAUGUUUUAACCUCAUUCAAUCAUUUUGAAAGAAAAAAGUGAUCUCAUUGCCUAUGAAAACAUAAUAUGGCCCAGUUUAAAACAAUGACUUAACAAGAUAUUUAUUUUAGAACCAUUUUCAUUUUGAAAUAAUCCCAUGGCCACAAUUGCUGAUUUUCCUUUCAGAGUUGAUGUAAUGGUAGGAAGAAUACAUAGAUUGUUAACACAAAUUAUGACAGCUAUAGCUAGAUUAUUAGGUUUUUAGACAACUGAAUAUUAAAAUUAGUAGUUCAUUAUUUCUUUCUUGGCUGCAUUUGGUUUUGUUUACUAUAAUCAGAGAUUCUUGUAUUCUGAAUCUAAGGGGAAAAUAUGAUUGUAUCUUACUAAAUAAAUUUAUUUCAAAAAUAUUUCUAGUUACAAUUAAUUUCCCUAUAAAGUAGGGAUGAGAAUGCCUGUUAUCAAAUUCAUACUAGCAACAUUCCUGUCUAUUCACUGUACUAUGUCAGUUCUGAAAUUAGAUUUUUAAUUUAUGCAAUUGCUUUAAUGAUUGGCUACAUUAUUGGGGUGAAUGGAAAUUCUGAUUAAUGAAAGCUUGUACUGUAAUAUUUUUCUUAUAAUAUAUAUUAGUUUAUAGCUACAGUAAAUAUCCACUGUGUUCCAAAUCAAUUUUAUGAAAAUUAGUAACCAAUUUUGGCACCCCAAGUGUCCAUGUUCUACCUUUAUAAAGAUUAAAUAGAAUAUUUUAUAGGUACAUUGCUGCAUAAUGUGGUAAAUAUUUAGAAAGGACAGCUAGUUCUGUUGGAAAGAAGCUAAUUGCUGUUUCCAAACAUUUUGAUAACUGAAAUGUAAUCAAUAUUGUGAUUUGUCAAACAGUGUUCUUUUAAUAGUGCAUUACUAGUUCUUAAAGUACGAUGCAGUUCUGAACGGGUAACUGUUAACAGGGUUCACAAAGAAGCAUUUUAUCACAAGAACUUGCUGUAAAGCUAUCAACUCUGAAUUGAAUUUAUAGAUAGCUGGACAUACUGUGCUAUUGACUAGAGUUUAAGCACAAUGAAAUUAAUUAAUGAAUGAAUAAUUUUAAUUAACUAAUAAUUAAAUAACUAAGUUAAUUAAUAAUUAACUAAUGAAUAAUUAAUUUUGAACAGAAAAGUGGAAUAGAAAUCAAAUACACUGUAAAGUAGUUGCUUUUGAAUUUUAAAUUCUACCAUGAUAUAGCUUUAGUUUUUAUUUCCUUGUUGGAAGUUGUUCAAUUAUACACAAUUUUUACAUUGAAAGAUUAUAUUCUUUUGAAGCAAAAUGUAGUAAGUGUUAAAAUUGACAAACCCAUGCAAGAAUUUAUAAUAUAUGCAUUCUAAAAGUUACUUCACAUACUGAGAAUUUAAGAAGAAAUAUUUAACCAUAUCAGUAAAGCUAAGUCAUCAUGUAUCUAUUUCUGAUCCUUUGUGUAUAAAUCAGUUUAUAAUGAGGUGUUUUAGGUUCUGUAGAAGUAACCUCUGAACAAGUUGAGAUAGGAACACCAAGUUGCAUCACUUUGUGGAAAGGUUCAAGAUCUUUCCAACAUAUCUUUUUAAUGAUGGCACUGAUAUUUCAAGCCAUGUUGCUUCAGUGAUAUAUAAAAAAUGCAAUUCAAAUUUAAUAUGAACAAUGUAUUCCAGCCAAUAACAACUUCCGUUCUGGAAUUUGAGCAUUGGGUACAAUUCUUUAAAUUCCAUCAGUAGGAAGUGAAAAUUAAAAACUAGGUUUUACUUAAGAAAAUACUUGGGCUUUAUUUUAGUGCAUUUCUCACACAGGGUCAAUUUAUCUAUCUAGUAUUCUGGUGGUAUUGCCAUUCAUUGAUAAAGACCAAAAAUAAAGUUUAUUAUUCCAAUUCAAUUUUUAAUUCCUUAUUUUGAUGUUUUUACUAUUAUGCAGAUAGAUCUUACAACCAAAACCUAAUUUUGCUUUGUGUGUUAUGAAAUGGUUUAUACCACCACAUGGAUCUUAUUUUGUUGUGACACGGAAUGUGUCUGGGACUCAAAUAUGAUACUUACAUGAGUAAAAUGAGACACUCAUGCUUUAUUCUACAGAUAGGAAAAAAUAUGAAAAUAAAAGUUGCAUGUAAAAGGAGUAACUUUGUGCAAUCUUUAUGCCAUGAAAUCUUCAGUUUAUGAAUGCAUUAUAUGCAUCUUUCUGUGUGAGUAAAUGAUCAAGAACAGAUAAUAGAAGUAUUUAAUGGAUAUUAUGAACAUCAUGUUGAUGCUACAUCUGCACGAAUAGGUUAGGAUCAGACUUAUGGUCUCUUGCUAUUUUGAAGUAUUUUUUUUUAGGCACUGGGACUUUAUUGUAAAAUUAUAGAUUUGCAUCAUACACAACAGAUAACUGAUUUUAAUUUUUAAAACUUUUCAAGCAUUUAGAAAUAUGUAUCACAUUACAAAAUGAAAUAAAUACUUAAACCUCUCCUCUAAUUUAUAAGUCAUUAGAAUCACAAAAUUAACUUCUGGACAUACAAACAUAAUUGUCCAAUCAUGAGUUAACUGAAGUGAAAUAUAAUAGUAAAAAUUAGUUUAAAGCAACCCGUUAUCAGUUCUAAAAGAAUAAGUGUAUAUUGGAUGAACAAAGAAUAUGCUUGUGUUCAAGAAAGACUAUUAAUGUAUAUGCUUAUUUUAGACCAACAAAAUAAAAUAUUUUUUAAGCUA